AUAUACUUAAACAACAAUGGGCUAGUGAUUUAAUGAAACAAUGCCAAUUAAUUGUAACAUGGUCUAAAAAAUCUCAUCAAGCUGGAGAAUUACUUCGAGAUUUACAACAAGAAUAUUUAAUCUCUGGCAGUGGUAUUCAGUCUUCAGUUAAAACAUGCUGGUCAACAGCUUGGGAUUGUCUUACUUCAAUUUUACGAUUACAACCAUGUCUUUUAAUGGAAGCUGUAAAAGCUGUUGAAUAUAAAUUAACUUCAUUAGCAGAUGUUUAUAUUCAAUUAGUUCAAUUAGCUUCUGCAAUAUAUCAUAUUCCAGUAGAGACUAAAUAUAUAGAAUUUCGAAAAACUUGUAUUCAAAUUUACAAUCGCAGAUGGGAUGAAUUUGAUUUUGAAAUUUUUAAAUUAGGUUAUUUUUUUCAUCCUAAGUAUCGUG